AUGGCCAUGACAAUGCCUACAACAACUACGCCUGAGGAGUUUGAAAUCUACACUCCAGACCAUCUGAAAAGCAACGUGUGGCGCUACUUUGGGUUCCCAAAGGAACAGGGAAAAAUCACGACUAAGGACAAAGUGAUUUGUAAAAUAAGUAGGACCAAACUCAAAUACCACUCGACAACCAGCAACUUGAGAGCCCACUUCUCAACACUACAUCCUGGCAAGCUGGAAGAGGAGGAGGGGGAGGGAUCGGGGGCGAAGCAGGCCAGAAUCGACUCCAUGCUAUCUCCUUCACGAGGCUUCCCGUAUGCCCGUCAAAACAGAGCGACAGAUUUGCUAACAUGGUUCGUUUGCGGAGAUAUGAGGCCAAUUAACGUGAUAUAUGGGAGCGGGUUUCAAACUUUCGUCCACAAACUAGAGCCAAGAUUCAAGAUCCCCUGCUACAGGACCAUGAAUGGUAAAAUAACGAAGCUGUACAACACAACCAAAGGUGGCAUAAGGGAAAUGUUGCGUGGAGAAAAGCUCGCACUGACCACUGAUGGGUGGAGUUCUUUGGCUACUGAGUCCUGUGUUACAGUCACAGCCCAUUUCAUCGACGAGAACUGGGAGAUGAGAAAUGUCGUCCUGGACACGUCUGAGCUUCAAACCGCUCACACAGCAGCGAAUGUCUCCACAUGCAUCGAUAGUAUUCUACAUGACUACCACAUUGAGCGGGAGUCUGUGCUUGCCAUCACAACAGACAAUGCGACCAACUAUGUCAACGCUGUAGAGAGGUACUUGGGGAUCACAGAUAUCCCGUGCAUGGCUCACACAAUUAACUUGGCAGCGAGAAAAGGGCUUGCAGAGCGUUCUGUUGCAACAACAGUUAGUCGCCUGAAGGUUGCCGCUCAGCAUUUCAAGCACUCCCCUACAGACAGCUACCUCCUUGAGUCCAAGCAGAAACUCCUUGGUCUCAAACCAGUCCAGCUCAUCAACGACUGCCCCACCCGCUGGAACAGUACGUACGAUAUGAUCUGUCGGGCAGCUGAUCAACAAGCCGCUGUUGCAGCGGUGAUAAUGGAGAAGAAACUCAGCCGUCUGGAGCUCAGCAGUGUGGAGUGGACCCUGAUGGAGAAGGUGAAAGACGUGCUGAAGCCGUUCAAAGUAGCCACCCAGGCGCUGUCAACAGAAAACUACCCAACAGCAUCAGCGGUCCUCCCCCUGCAGUAUGUGCUUCUGACACAACUCAAUCCCUCCACCAGUGACCCGGCAGCACUGAAAGAGAUGAAAACAAUGAUGUCAACUGAUCUGAAGGCACGAUAUGGCCCCGACAAAGAUGCAUUCUUCCUACUGAACACAGCCAGCUACCUCGACCCGCGUUUUCACCGACUGGCCACUGAGCUGGUCAUUUGGAACAAGAGUCGCGGCAGGCAGUGCAAGAUAAGGUUCAGAGGGAGCUUGCCGAGCUCAGAGAGGAGACAGGCGGAGAGGCCACAGCAGCGCAAGGAAAAGAAUGCUCUUAGCGCGAUGGGGGACCUCUUUGGUGAUGUGUACUGCCAAAACUCGGCAGGAGAACUCUUGUCCUCUCUGGUGACAAGGUAG